ACAAAUAUAUAUAAAAUGUAUUUACUUUAUUUUCAGAUCAUAUGGUCACAACAACAGUAUGAGCUCAAAAGAUUUAAAAGAGAUUUUGUGCCAACUCGAAAUGUUACAAAACACAUUAGUUCAAAACCAGCAUUACGGUUCCCCGAUCCAUUAUUUGUUGAUCAAUGGUACUUGAAUGGAGGCGCCAAAGGAGGAUUUGAUAUGAAUAUAGGACCGGCCUGGCAAAAAGGAUACACAGGAAAAGGAGUAGUUGUGUCCAUACUUGACGAUGGUAUACAGACAAAUCAUCCAGAUUUAGCUAUGAACUACGACAAAGCAGCUAGUUGGGAUAUAAACGACGAUGACGACGACCCAAGUCCACGAGAUGACGGAGACAACAAACAUGGCACUAGGUGUGCUGGAGAAGUUGCAGCGGUUGCAUUCAACCAAUUCUGUGGUGUUGGAAUCGCAUACAAUGCAAAAAUUGGAGGUGUCCGGAUGUUAGAUGGGGUUGUUAACGACGUGGUUGAAGCAAAAGCAUUAAGCUUGAACACAAACUAUAUAGAUAUAUACAGUGCGUCCUGGGGACCAGAGGACGAUGGGGAAACAGUUGAUGGACCUGGACCAUUGGCCAAAAGAGCAUUCGUUAAUGGCGUUACAUCGGGAAGAAAAGGCAAAGGUUCAAUAUUUGUGUGGGCAUCAGGUAAUGGUGGGCAUCAUACCGAUUCUUGUAAUUGUGAUGGAUAUACAAAUAGUAUAUAUACUCUAUCUAUUUCAAGUGUCACUCAAACUGGAAGCAAACCAUGGUAUUUGGAAGAAUGUUCAUCGACAUUGGCUGCUACAUACAGCUCCGGAACGCCAGGAAGUGAUCAUGGAGUGACAACAGUUGACAUGGACACAAAAAUGAAACCAGAGACCAUAUGCACAUCUGAACACAGUGGAACUUCCGCUUCGGCUCCUAUUGCAGCUGGCCUUUGUGCAUUAGCCCUAGAAGCAAAUAGUAAUCUCACUUGGAGAGAUAUGCAACAUUUAGUUGUUAUGACUUCGAAUACAAAACCUUUACAAAAUGAAUCUGGUUGGACAACGAAUGGAGUUAAUCGUAAAGUAAGUCAUAAAUUUGGUUAUGGACUUAUGGAUGGGGGUGCCUUAGUUACAAUGGCAGAACAAUGGACUAAUGUUCCGUCACAGAAAAUUUGUAGAGCUAGAGAAGACAAUAAACAAAGGUGGAUUGAUCCCGCCCCAGGUAGUGAAUUGUCUAUGUUUAUGGAAGUGGAUGGAUGUCAAAAUAAUUCCGCGAAUACCGUUAACUACGUUGAGCACGUGCAAUGUCGAAUAUCACUUAAGUUUUUUCCUAGAGGUGAUUUGAGAAUCUUAUUGAUUUCACCAAUGGGCACAGAGUCGGUGUUGUUAUUUGAAAGGCCAUUGGAUAUAACCAGCAGUACGUUUGACGAUUGGCCAUUUCUGAGCGUACAUUAUUGGGGUGAGAAAAUAGCUGGUCGUUGGGAAAUCAAAAUAACCAGACGAAUGGCUAAUUCAACUGCUAAAAGUCCAGGAUUAUUGAAAAAGUGGCAGUUGAUAUUUUAUGGUACAUCUGAGCCGCCAGUGAGAUUAAUUCCCAAAAAGAAAUUCUUCAACCAGAUCCAGACAAAGACAAAGACGAAAUUAAAACAAAACGAAAAAGAGGGAUUGAAAAAAAUCAAGUAUAAAGGUAACUUCGUGAAUUUUAAAAAUGAAGUAAAAACUACAGUUAACAGUAGUUUACAUUACAAUGAAUCAAUAAGCACGUUAAUCCCAUUCAUAAAGCAUCCGUGUAUAAAUAGUACAAAACAUUGUCAACAAUGUUUAACUUCUGACAACGAUUCACUAUGUAAUGAAAUUGAUGAAAUGGACAUCGUAUAUUGUAACUGCUCAAAUUCGAAUAACGAAAAAAGAAGAGCCAACGAUGACAAUGUUGAUACCAUAUUUUACAGUUCUUUGAAAUCCGACCGAAACCAUGUGGCUAAGCCCGGAAUAAGACUGGAGAUCGUUAUUUUCGUGAUGCUGUUACUGAUAUGGCAUAAUUUCCAUCAAAAAACAAGAUUGGCGAUCGAUUGUGGAAGAACACAUGGUAGUGGAACGACGGUGGCCGCUAAAACAAACGAGUACGUAAAACAUUCACUAGCACUGCAACACAUUGGACAAGACAGAGAAAAAGUUGGAAUAAUGCAAUGUGCAUUCGAAGAACCAUCGACAAUGAAGUUUAAUAAAGGAUAUACAAAUAAACAAAUGAAGAGUUAUGAAAUCCAUCAGGAAGGAAUUAAAAAAACAUUGAAAGAUAUCAUUACUGAAAUCGAGGAAAAAGGAGACUUAUGUUAUAUUCCCCCUUCUAAUAAAACGGAUGAUGAAUAUCGAUCUUUUAUCGAUACCAAAGAUCAAAGAUCCGUAUCAGAAGACUUGACAUGGGAUAAUCGACAGUUCAUAUGUCUUUGGAAUGACUUAAAAAUUGGAGAGCAAUCCGAUCCAUAUGGCAAAGACUGCAAUAAUGAAAAAGAAGAGUCUAAUGGCAUAACAAUCAAUGCUGAUGACGGGUUGAGCCACAAGCAAGUUGAUUUGGAUAAAAUUUUUAAGCCAGCAACAGAUUCAGGGGAAGUGUCUCCGUCUAAGAACAGGAAAAUGUAUGCCAGUAGUAGUUUUUAUGGUCCAGAUCACCCAACAGUGGAACAGCAAUUUGAGUUGGCUCGCCGUAUAUCCAGCUCAUUAAGUGAUAUAAGUAAUCAACAAAGUAAAGGACAAUCCAUGUACGUCAACCGCAAAAAGAGAUCUGUUAAAUGGGUUCAUGAAGGAGAAGGUAAAGGUCCUAUACCAUCCAAUUUUCCACUUGGGCUCCAUCAACAAAACUAUGAAUCUACCGAAAAAAACUCAGAAUCAAAACAAAUUCUGAAGUUAGUUAUGGAUCCACGGGGCCAAAUACAGGAUUUGCAAACUUUACGCAAACUUGGAGAAAAUGUUGAACCUUGUCUGAGUCCAGAAGUGUGCUUUGACUUAGUUAGAGACUUAAAUGCCACGAAAGGAAAAGGGGCUGCAUUAUUUGCCAAGAGGCGUAAAAGGUCUGAAAAUUGGAUUGUUGACGAACAUAACGUUAAAUCUAUUUCACCUAGUCUUUCUGAACCAGCGAAUAUAAAACAUGGUAGUAAUAAUAUCCCAAAUCAACAACAAGGUACCAUGAGAGCGGAAAAUAUACAAAAAAUGAAUGAAAUUCAACAAAGGUUCACUCAACCUCGUUUGAGAUUGAUUAAAUCUCCAUGGGAGGCAGCUUUGGAAACGGGAUCUGUUGAGUCAGCCUUUCAAGAAAUGGCUCCAGUUUUUCCACCAAGAGGUUAUAUUGUUGCUCCAACUUCGGGUGCUAUAGAAGCACUUAAAGAUGGUGGCAGAACAUCAAGAGCAACUGUUUGUUCAACUCCUACAAGAACCGCAACACCAAAAAGUUGCCAAGAUAUAUAUAUGCCUAAAAUACCUAGAGGUUGGAAUACGCAAUGUAACAGACAACAGCCACCGACUUAUGAUCCUGCAUAUGUGGUUCCGUCAAAUUGUAAUCAGUCAACAAAUGUUCAGUUACCAUCAUACAAAGACUAUUUAUCAUUGAGCAACUAUAAUACCGCGCCCAGAGGAUGGAAAAAAGGUGAAACAAUAUUUUAUAGACCAGUGACAUUCAAUAACCAACCAAAUCGUGAAGAUAAUCGCAGAAAAAGCUUUACCGACUUCUGAUGCCCAUUUGAAUGUAUAUUAUCAAUAUCAAUUAAAAUGGACCGUUUAACGUGAGAUGAUGAUAAUAAUAUAUCAUAUAAGCGUGAUUUAAAUUACUUUACCUGGUUGCUGAUUUAAUGAAUUGACAGGUUUCAAACAUCGUUGGUAAAUCGUAAAAUGUUCGAUUUUUUUUUUUACAUACAUUAACUACCAUGAUUUUAAAAUGCUUUCAAGUUGUGUUAUAUAUUAUUAUAGGUAAUAAUUGUAAUAAUUAUUUAUUUAUUUAUUUAUUUUUUACUGUUCGACAGUGUUCAUUAUUUGUUUAUUUCAAAUCGAAAUAAAAGUCAUUUUAUCAAAAAUAAAAAAUAAAAAAAAAACAACUACUUAUAAUA